AUAGGCUGCCCAAUAUGCGAGUGUGAUGACCAUGCAGACAGGAUUGGUGACAUGGUAGCCAAAAGCCCAAAAGAUCAGGCAGUUUUUCACAAGAGAUAUAGAACUUCUUAUUAUUACAACCACAUCAUGAAUCAGGGAAAUGCUCCAGAGGGUGCUCAAAGUGGCGCUGGAACAGGGCCAAAUUUACAGCUGUGGACAGUUUACGAAGACGCAGAAGGAAAUGUACUCGUACCAUAUGAACUUGGUGCUGUGACUCAGGACGUUGAAGAUUUAUUUGAGGAAGCGAUUGCUGAUUACAACGCUAAUACUUGUAUCAGAUUGGUUCCGCGUACAGGUCAAGAAAAUUACAUAAGAAUUACGGGCGCAAAUACUGGUUGCUGGUCCGAAGUUGGAAGGUCGUUCGUCCAACCAAAUGAGCUCAACCUGGGACCUGAUUGCGAUUCAAAGGGCGUUAUCAUUCACGAAUUUAUGCACGCAUUAGGAUUUUUUCACGAGCACUCAAGACCCGAUCGUGAUCAACACGUAAUAGUCAAUUUUGAGAAGAUAGCAGACAAUGCAAUAAGCAAUUUUCAAAAAGAAGAAGAUAUCGAUUCUCUUGGAUCUCCAUAUGAUAUUGGUUCAGUGAUGCACUACUUCUCUACGAUAUUUUUGAAGCAGGGAGAAACAGGAUUUACUAUAACUGAUUUGAACGGCAACAGGCUCAAUACACAGCAAGCGGGGUUCGCGGCAUCUGAUAUUGCGCAAAUUAAUGCUCUGUACAAUUGUGGAGAUAUGAUCAACACUCCACUCUAA